GGGAAUAAUCACCGCUCUGAAGGAAACUUUAAGAUCCUUCAUGGAUUUGCGCGGAGAAUGUAACUGACACGGAGAUAAUCUCUUUAGAGGGAUCCGUCCGUCCGUCCAUCCCUCCUCCCCCGGCUCUCUCCCGGUGCGAGGCAGCAGCUCCUCCCGGGAAGAGCGCCGGCACCGGCCCCCCGCUGCGGACUCGGUUAUGUCCGGCUGACGGAUCCGACACCCGGCUUCUCUCUUCACAUGGGCGAGGACGAGGAGCGGUCCUGCGCCCCUUCAGCACCCGGAGGAGGACACGAGCCGGUGCCGGACCUGGACCCGGAUCGGGAGAGGCGGUACGCGGAGCUGUUCGAGCAGCUGGACCUGAAUAAAGAUGGACGAGUGGACAUCAACGAGCUGAGGACGGGACUGGCAGCCCGGGGACUGCACCGAGGAGAGGCUGAGGAGAUCGUCCAGGAGAGCGACGCCAACCGGGACGGGCUGCUGGACUUCCAGGAGUUCUCCCAGUACCUGCGGGACCAGGAGAGGCGCCUGCGGCUCAUGUUCCACAGCCUGGACCGCAACAAUGACGGGCGAAUCGACGUUGGGGAGAUCCAGCACUCGCUGCACAAACUGGGAGUGGACGUCACCUUGGAGCAGGCCUCCAGAAUCCUGCAGAGCAUGGACAGAGAUGGAAACAUGACCAUCGACUGGAAUGAAUGGAGAGAUUACUUCCUGUUCAACCCGUUCCACAACAUGGAGGAGAUCGUCCACUACUGGAAGCAUUCUCACAUGCUGGACAUCGGGGAACACUUGACGGUUCCUGAUGAGUUCUCGGAGCGAGAGCGCCGGUCGGGCCUGGUGUGGAGGCAGCUGGUGGCCGGGGCCAUGGCGGGAGCCGUGUCCCGGACAGGAACCGCCCCUCUGGACCGACUCAAGGUCUUCCUGCAGGUGCACGGCUCAUCCUCCCGGGGGAUCAACCUGUGGUCCGGGCUCAGAGGGAUGGUGCAGGAGGGAGGAAUUCUGGCCCUCUGGAGGGGAAACGGCAUCAACGUCCUGAAGAUCGCCCCAGAGUCGGCCAUCAAGUUCAUGGCCUACGAGCAGAUCAAGUGGCUGAUCCGGGGCAGUAAGGAGGGCGGCAGUCUGAGGGUCCAGGAGCGCUUCAUCGCAGGCUCUCUGGCCGGAGCUACAGCCCAGACCAUCAUCUACCCCAUGGAGGUGCUGAAAACCCGCCUGACGCUGAGGAAGACGGGUCAAUACUCAGGCAUGGCCGACUGCGCCCGGCAGAUCCUGAAGACCGAAGGCGUGCGGGCGUUCUACAGAGGCUACCUGCCGAACACUCUGGGAAUCAUCCCGUACGCCGGCAUCGACCUGGCCGUGUACGAGACUCUGAAGAACGCCUGGCUCCAGAGGUACUGCGUGAACUCGGCCGACCCGGGGGUCCUGGUCCUGCUGGGCUGUGGGACCGUCUCCAGCACCUGCGGUCAGCUGGCUUCCUACCCCCUGGCUCUGAUCCGGACCCGUAUGCAGGCUCAAGCCACCACCGAGGGUCUCCCCAAGCUCACCAUGGUGGGACAGUUCAAGUACAUCAUCUCCCACGAGGGCGUGCAGGGCCUGUACCGAGGAAUCACCCCCAACUUCCUGAAGGUCAUCCCCGCCGUCAGCAUCUCCUACGUGGUGUACGAGCACAUGAAGAAGGUGCUCGGGGUGGGGUACUAGCCUCAGGCCUCC